AUGAGGGUGAUGAAAUUUUUCGUGUUUUUCCUUCUCACGUUCUCGGCACUGGAUGGAGCCCGCAACGAGGAGAUGUCUGAGAUUGCAAGGAAGAGUCUCACAAUCAUGACUGUCAUGGUCAUCACUUGGUUCGUCGCUCUCGGAUUCGUUGUCUUGUUGUUCAUCUGCCUCCAGAGCAGACUCGUCGGUGAGAUGAGAGUCCUCGGCUGCAGGCAUCACUGGAAUAUCGUCAAGAGACUCUGGACUCGCGCCCUUGGGUACUCAGUGGUUUACAACAAUCGUCUCAACAUCGACGGAAUCGAAAGCGUCAGAAUCCUCAUCGAGGAUAAAUCCGUCACCGAUUCUCCAUGA